CAUUGUUUGUUCUUAGUUACAUAAUCAAUUUUUGUAAUUAUAGUACAAUUGUGUAAAGAUAAUUUUUAAAUAUUAUGUCUGACGAUGUUGACAAACCUGCCCCAGAAAAUGCGGAAACGGUUCAGGUUGAGGGAGCUCACGCAUCCGGGGAUGCUGAACAGAAGGUGGAAGACGUCGAACAUACUGCUGUUAAAAUAGACGAACUUUCAAAAAAAUAUUCAAGAGAGAGACGUCCCACAGUAGAGGCUGAAGACAGUGAUGAGGAGCGAGUUGUUGUGGACCGUACAGCUCUUGAAGCCAUAUUGGAUGUCAGUUCCAGACUGAAGGACAUUCAGAAAAAGAGUAGAGUUUCAAUGAGCACUCUUGCUCUUGGCCACGAGUCUUAUAAAGACAAGCAAGCAAAGGCUAAAGAAGCUCGUAAUGCCCGUAUGGGAGGUAUAAAAACACAGCACAGAUUUUUGCUGGAAAAUUCUGCUGCCAUAAUAAACAAGAGUCCAGAAUACGUACUGGAGGGUGUGUUUGAUGCAGACGUUCACAUUGAUAUAUUGGAUAGUGCUGUUGCUGAAGGUGGCAGGAAUUGUAUUGUUUUGUGCGAUGCUUUAUUGCCACCAUUAAAAAUGGAGUCUGGCCGCUUCGUACCAAAUCAAAAGACAUGGAUGGAAAGAGUAUAUUUGUCGGAUACAUCUACAAUUCCCGUGCAGGGCCGGUGCGUAGCGAUGUACAGAAUCAAAAACAAAGCUAUUGACGUGAAAAAUGUUGCAGACGAUUAUUAUUUAGUGUACAUCGAUAUAAGUUCAGAAAAGGACAACGUUGUAUCUGGAAUAUACAAAACCAUGGUUCAAGUGUACAUACCAGCAUUAAAGGAAUGUCAAGCUUGGGGAGAUCUCAACCCUCCCAAUCCAAGAAGCGGAGAUAUAAUUCCGUCGUAUAUUUCCAAGAUUAUGUUAUUUAUUGAUUACCUUGAAAAAACGAAAAUUGAUCUCGACUGCUGCACGAGAUUCAAAAUAAACUAUAUGUUAUAUGAAGACGAACUAUCUGAUCAAGAGAAGAUGAAGCAUGCAAUUACGAAAACGAAUGUAUUAGAAGAAAUCUGCAAAUUUGUUAAACAAUGGAUGAAACAGAUUACAAUGGUACUAGUGCAAAGUCAACAGCUGCGUCGUGAGCCGUCUAACAUCGGCCCGCUUGCUGAGCUAGACUAUUGGCGGCGUCAACUCACAACAUUCACGUCGAUAAUAGAGCACAUCAAGAGUGAAGCUUGUCAAAUGUACAUACAUACACUUAUUCGAGCUAAAUCUAAACUUAUUAAGAAAUGGCGAUUGCUGGAUAAUCAAGUUACGGAUUAUUAUAACGAAGCGAAUGAUAAUGUGAAGUAUUUGUACGCGUUGGAAAAAUACUGCGAACCUUUGUAUAGAUGUGAUCCGGUGACCAUGCAUCAGCACAUACCAGGCUUGCUGUACACAGUGAGAAUGAUUUUCGCAACAUCUCGCUAUUACAAUACAACCAAGCAGAUAUCGACACUUCUGGUCAAAGUCACCAAUCAGAUCCUCAACAUGUGCAUGGAUUAUUUAACUAAUAAAGGCAAAAAAACAAUAUGGAAUCAGGAUAAGCAAAACUUUAUCAAGAAAGCGAGGCUAUGUCUAAGUCUUUAUAGUUUCUAUCGUGAAUGUUACGACGAGACGCAAAAGGAGAUGAUAGCCGCAGCCGACGAGAGACCGUUUGAUUGUUCAGAAAUGUACAUCUUCGGAAAGUUUGAGACCUUCCAAAAGCGAUUAUUAAAAAUAAUAGAUUUAUUUCAAACCUACAUCACGUAUUAUGUAUUAAAUAAAACAACUUUAGAAGGCAUUGAAGAAUAUGCAUCGAAUUUUAACAAGCUUUUUAAAACAAUAUCAUCGAAGACAUAUGAUGCGUUAGAUCACAGGCGACCAGAUUUCGAUAAAGAUUACAAAACUUAUAAGGACGCUGUGGCCAAUCAAGAGUUGCUGUUGGAAAAUUUUAUGAUUAAUAGCGUGAACCUUUGUCCAACAACUGAAAUUGCUUUAAACUUAUUAAAACGUUUUGAGAAAUUAAAGCUCGACUGUUUAUAUCUGGAAGAUCAGUAUUACGAUUUGAUACGUAAUUUUACCGCGGAAAUUGAAAACAUUCGUGACAGGUAUAACGAAGAAAGAGAAAAUCCUGAACUGCCAAGAAAUAUGCCGCCCGUGGCUGGUAGAAUCAUGUGGAUAAGGUUCUAUAAUAAAAACAUCAAAUUACCUAUGGAAGAGUUUAAAUUACAUCACGAAGUUAUAACUCAUAUGAAUACCCAACGAUGUAUCAAACUUUACAACGUUAUGAGAAUUGUAUUUACUGAAUUUGAACUAAUUUAUCAUAGUGCAUGGCAGGAAAACGUAGGACAGGUGAGGUUGGGUUUAAUAGCGCCACUGCUGAUUCGACAUCCGCUCACAAAUUUGUAUGUUGUAAAUUUUAACGUUUACAUACCGGAGUGUAUUAGGGAAGUCGAGUAUAUGUGGCAAUUGGGAUUAAAUGUACCGGAUGCGGCGCAAAUAGUAGCUUACUGUAAAGACAGAAUUUUUUCCAACUUCGAACGUAUAAAAGCGUUAGUGGACAGGAACAAUAAAAUUAGAAGGAGUAUGCCCAAAUUAUAUUUACCUCUGUUACGGGCGCAACUUAUUAAAAUGGAAAAGGCAUUUCAACCUGGACUUUCCACCAUUACAUGGACAUCGUUGGAAAUACCAGCUUACUGUGACAAUAUAUGCGAGGUUAUGGAUGAAGUUGACUUAUUCGUUAAAGAGGUCACAGACAUGAAAGAGGCUCGUAUAGACGAAAUAUUGAAAUCCAUAGCAACAACAAUGUUAGUUUAUUUACCAGAGAAUGCAGUUGACCCUAACCUAUUUUAUGAAGAAAAUUUAGUUAGACGUGAUGAAAUAGCAAAAAGUCUGCAGCAGAAGUCCUGGAAUGCAGAAUUAGCUGUCAUAGAACUUAUCAACAAAUUCUUGGGCAGUGUGCCUUCACAAACUAUAAAAGACCUGAAAGAUAAAUGGUUAGAUCCCGAUAAAGCAUUGAAACCUGUUACAUCAGCAACUAGAGUUUUUCCUGAAAAUGCUGCUUUCUUAGAGAUAGAAAACCCAGACCGUUUUGAUGUGACUCCUACUGUUAAUGAGUGCAAUGAACUUUUCGCAUAUUUUGCAACAAAAUGCUUAGAAUCGCUUAUCAAGUGUACAAGGCAAAGUCUUGAUGUUUUAAGGAAACGUGCUUCUGUCUCUAGUUUCUUGACGAUGACCACAGAUCCAGAGGAGCAGAAGAAAUUAAAGCCGCUAAUGUUAACGAUGAUGUAUCUACAGAUACCGAGAAUUCUAAUCAAACCCACGUUAGAAGAAAUACAAUCAGCGUUCUCACAAGUUGUUUUAAACUGUAUCAUGGACAUACACCGUAAUGUAUACAUGUGGGGACAACAAGAUCAAAUAAACAAGGUGAAGUCGGUAGGCGCUUCGUUAACGAUUACAAGAAGCAUGAGUGGGUCUAGAUCAGCCUCAAGUUUAGGUGGUAUAAGAAGCUAUUUCCGAAUGGUAUCCGAGCACAAAGACAUCGUAAGAGCGGUAAUGGCACUGCAAGGAAUGAUGUACAUGUACAAGCCUGAUAUUGAGAAGUUGUUGCAAGGAUAUAAUAGAUUUGCUCAUCUCUGGGCAGAAGAUAGAGUGCAACAAGUACAAAGUUUUGUUGAUUCAAAUCCACUCAACGUGAUCAUAAGAGAUAUGCUAAAGAAGUAUGAAUCACAAACAGAGGAAGUUGUUAAUUUACCUCCAAGACAUAUAAUUGGAUCCAUUCAAAUAGACACGGAUAAUCUGAAAUUGGCACUACACGUUGAGUCUGUAGAAUGGAAGCGAAUUUUGGGAAAGUUAUUGAGUCAGUCGUACAGAGAACGCGUCUUAAAUUUGAUGCAAUUUAUCAAAGACCGCAUGAAGACAAUGAGCAAGAAGAUAAAGGACUUGGAUGACGUCAGAGUUGCUAUGAUGUGUCUUGAAUUAAUACGAGAAGAGUUUAUUGGGAUGGAUAUGGAGUUAGAUUUAAUUGAAGAAAGUUAUGCCACUUUUAGUCAAUUUGAUAUUGACAUCCCCAAGGAUGAUGCGGACAUGGUGUACGGUUUACGUUACGCAUUUCAAAACAUGCUUAUUACUUCACAACAAGUUCAACAAAAGAUAGUGGACAUGCAAGGACCACUGCAAUUGGAACUAACAGAAGGAGUGGACACAUUCCUCAAUGAUGUUUUGAAAUUCGAUGCGGAUUACGAUGCCUUCGGACCUAUGACUCCAGGCUUGUCUGCGAGAGAGGCUAGCGACAGGGUCAUACUGUUCCAAUCACGAUUUGACGAGUUAUGGCGACGAUUCGAAAUGUAUUCCAGUGGAGAAAAGUUAUUUGGCAUGGAAGUGAAGGAUUAUCCUAUUCUCCAUCAGAAGAAGAAAGAAUUCAAUUUAUUGAGCAAAUUGUACAGUCUAUACCUUGCUGUAAUGAAUUCUAUCGAUGGAUAUUUAGAAACGCCAUGGGUCGAAAUUGAUAUUGAACAAAUUGUUGCACAAUUGACUGAGUUUGAUUUAAGGUGUCGGAAGCUGCCAAGAGGUAUGAAAGACUGGCCAGCGUUUAUUGAUUUAAAAAAUAAAAUUGACGACUUUAAUCAGACGUGUCCGUUAUUGGAGCUGAUGGCUGAUAAAUCUAUGAAGGAGAGGCACUGGAAGCGACUUGAAGAUCUAAUGCAUUGCGUUUUGGAUGUGGAGUCACCAACAUUUACGUUGGCGAAUGUGAUGGAAGCACCAUUGUUGAAGUAUAAAGAAGAUGUCGAGGAUAUUUGCAUCGGUGCUGUAAAAGAAAAAGAUAUUGAAGCCAAACUGAAGCAGGUAGUUUCGGAUUGGGCAGUUGUCGACUUAACAUUUGCUAACUUCAAGAACAGAGGUGAACUUCUCAUCAAGCCGCAAGAAACUCUUGAUAUUAUAACAAUGCUGGAAGAUACCAUGAUGAUCCUCAACUCUUUAGCGUCAAAUAGGUACAAUGCACCAUUUAAGAAAGAUAUUAUGCUUUGGAUCAACAAGUUGAUUAGCACAUCAGACAUCUUGGAGAAAUGGUUGCAAGUGCAAAAUUUAUGGAUGUAUUUAGAAGCUGUAUUUGUAGGCGGCGACAUUGCCAAACAGUUGCCCGCCGAAGCGAAGAGAUUUGCUACAAUAGACAAAACUUACGUAAAGAUAAUGUAUCGCGCACGUGAUAUUGUUAAUUGUGUGGAAACGUGCACCUCAGACGACUCCCUAAAGCAACUGCUGCCACAUCUAUAUGAUCAACUGGAGGCUUGUCAGAAGUCGCUCACUGGCUACUUGGAGACCAAACGUCUUAUUUUCCCAAGAUUCUUCUUCGUGUCCGAUCCUGUACUUUUGGAAAUUCUUGGUCAAGCUUCAGAUCCUCACUCUAUUCAGGUGCAUCUUCCAAGCAUAUUUGAUGCAAUCUACACAGUUGAUUUUGAUGACAAGGAGAGAAUUGUCGCUAUGAACUCUUCGAACGGAGAGAAGAUAAAGUUGGAAAGAGCAGUUGUGUGCCUGGGUGGUGUCGAGAUCUGGCUUAAUACCUUGCUAGAUACAAUGAAGGAUACAGUGAGAAAUAUUAUUGCUAACAUUUCUCAAACAAUGUCAGGUGAUCCCGAAUUUGAAUUUUUAGUUGGAUUUUGGAAUUUCCCUGGACAGGCUAGUCUUUUAGGUAUGCAAAUUCUGUGGACAAGUGACGCUGAAUAUGCUCUAAAGAAAGCUAGAGCGGAUCGCUUCAUCAUGAGAUUGACAAAUCAAAAGUUCCUUGAUCUGCUGAACGGGCUUAUUGAUCAGACCGUUAAAGAUUUGAUUCCACUAGAUAGAACAAUGAUAGAAACUAUGAUUACAAUCCACGUACAUCAAAGGGAUAUUUUCGAUGACCUUGUAAAAAUGAGGAUCAAGAAUGUAGGAGAUUUUGAGUGGCAGAAACAAGCCCGAUUCUACUAUAUUGAAGACACCGAUGACUGCAUAGUUGGUAUAACCGAUGUCGACUUCUUAUAUCAGAAUGAGUACCUGGGUAUAACGGAGCGGCUGGUAAUUACGCCGCUGACGGAUCGUUGCUACAUCACGCUGUCACAAGCUAUCGGCAUGAGCAUGGGCGGCGCGCCCGCUGGUCCCGCGGGUACAGGCAAGACGGAGACCACUAAGGAUAUGGGCCGCGCGCUCGGCAAACUCGUCAUUGUCUUCAACUGCUCUGAUCAGAUGGACUUUAGAGGUUUGGGUCGAAUUUACAAGGGCCUUGCGCAGUCUGGCACAUGGGGCUGCUUCGAUGAAUUCAAUCGAAUUGAGUUGCCCGUGCUUUCCGUCGCAGCUCAACAAAUUUACAUCUGUCUCACUGCUAGGAGAGAAAAGAAAGAAUUCUUCAUAUUUAGUGAUGGUGACGUCGUAAGCUUGAAUCCAGAAUUUGCAUUCAUCAUCACAAUGAAUCCUGGUUACGCCGGCCGGCAAGAGUUACCUGAGAACUUGAAGAUUCAGUUCCGUUCUGUCGCUAUGAUGGUACCGGAUAGACAGAUCAUUAUCCGAGUCAAGUUGGCCAGCUGUGGCUUUAAAGAAAACAUCUUGUUGGCUCGCAAAUUCUUUACGUUGUACAAACUUUGCGAAGAACAACUGUCAAAGCAGGUGCACUACGACUUUGGUCUUCGCAACAUAUUGUCAGUGCUAAGGACUAUGGGCGCACAGAAGAGAGCUAAUCCCGACAGCACUGAGGAGAAUAUCAUGAUGAGAGUGUUGAAAGAAAUGAACGUAUCAAAGUUAGUGGAUGAAGACGAGCCGUUGUUUAUUUCACUAAUUGAAGAUUUGUUCCCUGGAAUGAAACUAACACAAACUGUACAGAGGGAAAUGCAACGCGGAAUAACUAUAGUGACGGAACGAUCCGGUCUCGUAAACCAUCCAGAGUGGAAUCUAAAGGUUAUUCAGUUGUACGAAACAUCUCUAGUACGACACGGAUUGAUGACAAUGGGACCGACGGGAUCUGGAAAGACCACGUGCAUCCAUACAUUGAUGGAAGCCUUGACUGAACUGGGUAAACCGCACAGAGAAAUGCGUAUGAAUCCCAAAGCGAUAACGGCACCACAAAUGUUUGGAAGGCUGGAUGUUGCUACCAACGAUUGGACAGAUGGCAUCUUUUCAACGCUUUGGCGAAGAGCUUUGAAAGUGAAAAAGUCUGAUACCACAUGGAUUGUCUUAGAUGGUCCCGUGGACGCUGUAUGGAUUGAGAAUCUUAAUUCCGUGUUAGACGACAACAAGACGUUGACUUUAGCUAACGGAGACCGGAUCACGAUGGCUCAGAACAGCAAGUUGGUGUUUGAGCCCGAUAACGUGGACAAUGCGUCGCCUGCCACCGUCAGCCGAAUGGGCAUGGUGUUUUUAUCUUCUUCAGUGUUGAAAUGGCAACCGAUAUUAGAGGGUUGGUUAAGAAAAAGGCCUCCUCGAGAAGCUGAUGUAUUGCGAAAUGCUUUUAACAAAGUAUACGAUGAAGUCCAUACCUACGUUCAACAAAAGUUACCGGCUAAAAUGGCGCUCUUAGAAGCUAUCUACGUUCGACAGUGCAUCGACGUUCUAGUUGGUCUCUUAGAAAUAGAAAUUCCUGGCGGCAAAACCCACACGGAUCGUCAUUUGGAGCGUUUGUUUGUAUUUUCCCUUAUGUGGUCUCUGGGAGCUGUGCUAGAGUUGGAUGCGCGCACGCGUAUGGCCGAGUUUAUGACGAAGUUGCCAGUAAAGAUGGAUUGGCCAGGUUCGAAGUCAAAAGAAUGGGUCAUGCCCUUUGAAUAUAUGGUUACCGAGACUGGUGUUUGGCAGCACUGGUCUGAAAGCGUUGAGGAUUACAUCUACCCAACUGACAGCGUACCAGAAUACGCUUCUAUUUUAGUACCCAACAUUGACAAUGUGUGCAUUUCGUUCCUGAUAGACACAAUCGCUAAACAGAAUAAAGCCGUACUACUGAUUGGAGAACAAGGCACGGCCAAGACAGUAAUGUUGAAGAGUUAUAUGCAGAAAUACGAUAAUGAAGUUAAAUUGUUCAAAAUGAUCAAUUUCUCGUCUGCUACCACACCCAAUAUGUUCCAGAGAAUCAUCGAAUCGUACGUGGAGAAGCGUGUGGGUAUGACUUAUGGCCCGCCUGGCGGCCGCCGUAUGACGGUCUUUGUCGACGAUAUAAAUAUGCCGGUAGUCAACGAAUGGGGUGAUCAGGUAACUAACGAGAUUGUACGGCAAAUGAUGGAAUGUGGAGGAUUUUACUCCCUUGAAAAACCAGGAGAAUUUAUUAUAAUUGCUGAUAUUCAAAUGUUCGGUGCUAUGAUACAUCCAGGGGGCGGUCGCAAUGACAUCCCUCCUCGUUUGAAGAGACAAUUUAACAUAUUUAAUUGCACUCUCCCAAGCAUCGUUUCAAUGGAUAAGAUUUUCACAACAAUAAGUGCGGGCUAUUUUUGUAAGACGCGAUUUGAUAAAAAAAUUGUAGAUUUUAUGCCGAGACUUGUACCCGUCACAAGAUUAAUUUGGCAACAAACUAAGAUAAAAAUGUUGCCGACACCAGCGAAAUUUCAUUACGUAUUCAAUUUGCGUGAUCUAUCGAGAAUAUGGGAAGGUAUAUUAUAUAUCAAAAAAGAAGAAUUACCAAAUAUAACAACUGCUCUGAAGUUAUGGUUUCACGAAUGUCUGAGAGUGAUUUCAGAUAGAUUUACAACAUUCGAUGACAAAGAUUGGUUUGUGGAGAACUUUUGGAAGAUUGCAUCACAUGAACUUCCCGACGUAGUUAAUGACUUUCCGACUGAAGACACGUAUUUUGUCAACUUUUUGAGAGAGCCCGUUGACCCAACGGGUGAUGAAGAAGAAGACUUUAGUACUGAAGCUCCCAAAAUAUACGAAGAGUUGCCGUCAUGGGAAUUUGUAUUAAAAAAAUUGGGACAGUUCCAAGAUCAGUUUAAUGAGCAAAUCAGAGGGGCUCAUUUGGAUUUGGUGUUUUUCCACGAUUGCAUGGUGCAUUUGUUUAUUAUAUCGCGAAUUAUAAAUACGCCAAGAGGGAAUGCUUUGCUGGUAGGUGUAGGUGGGUCUGGUAAACAAAGUUUAACCAAAUUAGCUUCGUUCAUAGCCAACUUUAAAUUUUAUCAAAUUACAUUAACAAGGUCGUAUAACGUUAACAACUUUAUGGACGAUAUAAAGAUUUUGUAUCGAACAGCGGGACUGCAAGGUCAAGGCAUUUCCUUUAUAUUUACUGAUAACGACAUUAAAGAAGAACAAUUCCUUGAAUUUUUGAAUAAUAUUCUUAGCUCGGGAGAAAUCGCUAACCUCUUCCCUAAAGAAGAAAUGGAUGAAAUUCUCAACGAAUUAACACCUAUUAUGAAGAAAUAUGCACCGAAAAGAAUUCCGGUUCCCGAUGUAUUGUACGAAUACUUUAUUAUGCGAUCUAGAGCUAACCUCCAUGUUGUUUUAUGUUUCUCUCCGGUCGGUGAAAAAUUCCGCAGCAGAGCUCUGAAGUUUCCCGGUCUUAUUUCUGGAUCAACAAUGGAUUGGUUCCAAAAGUGGCCUAGAGAGGCAUUAAUAGAAGUCGCUCAACAUUUUCUUUCUGGUUUUAAGAUUGUGUGUUCAGAAGAAACAAAAACACAGUUAAUCGAAGUGAUGGGAAUGGUCCAAGACGACGUCGCCAGCGCCUGUACAUCUUACUACGAUAGAUUUAGGAGACAGACUCACGUCACUCCGAAAUCAUAUCUGUCUUUCUUAGAAGGCUACAAAGUUUUGUACAAGGAUAAGCAUAAUAAUAUAGCGGAAAUGGCCAAGAGAAUGACUACUGGUUUGGAUAAGUUAGUUGAAGCUGCUGCAAGCGUAGAUAUAUUGAAAAAAGAAUUGGAGCUAAAAGAAUUAGAAAUAAAGGAAGCGACAGCAAAAGCGGAAGAGGUUUUAGCAGCUGUGGCAGAAUCUGCGGCGGCUGCAGAGGUUGUGAAAGCGGAAGUGUUGGAGGUGAAGGAUCGAGCCGUUAAGCUCGUCAGCGUAAUUGCAGCGGAAACAGCUGUGGCUGAAGAAAAAUUGGCAGCGGCGAAGCCAGCGCUCGAUGCCGCUGAAGCUGCAUUACUGACUAUUAACGCUGCUGACAUAGCCACUGUACGAAAGUUAGGAAAACCACCAUUCCUAAUUACUUUGAUUAUGGACGCUGUAAUAAUUCUCUUUAGAAAACGUAUUGACCCAAUAAAACCUGACCCGGAUAAACAAUUUUUGGUGGCCUCUUGGGCAGAAUCUCUCAAGGUUAUGGCCGAUGCUAGAUUCUUAAAUAACCUGAAGAAUUAUCCAAAGGAUGAAAUUAAUGCAGAAAUGGUUGACUUAUUACAACCGUACUUCAAUUUCAGUCAAUAUACCUUUGAAGCUGCAAAGAUCGCUUGCGGCAACGUUGCAGGUUUGAUUUCUUGGACUAUUGCAAUGGCGCAAUUCUACGGUGUCAAUAAGGAUGUGUUACCUUUGAAGGCAAAUUUGGCAGUAAUGCAGGGCAAGUAUCAAGCUGCCAAGAAAGAAUUGGAAGCAGCGGAAGCAUUAUUACAAGCUAAGGAGCGAGAAUUAGCGGGAGUGCAAAGAGAAUUCGAUCAGGCAAUGGCAUUGAAGCAAGCAGUGUUGGAUGACGCUGCAAAAUGCCAGCAGAAGAUGGACGCGGCUACGGCACUGAUCAAUGGCCUUAGCGGAGAACGAGUGCGAUGGACUGAACAAUCGACUCUAUUCAAAGCUCAGAUAGAGCGCCUCGUUGGAGAUAUUCUGUUCCUUACUGGGUUUUUGUCUUACUCCGGACCGUUCAACCAAGAGUAUCGCAACUUGUUGGUCAGUAAUUGGUUGAGCGAGUUACUGCGACGUAAAGUACCAGUCUCUAUGAGUUUAAGUAUCACCGAAGAAUUAACCGACACUGCUACGAUUGGAGAGUGGAAUUUGUACGGACUACCAACAGACGAUUUGUCAAUACAGAACGGUAUAAUUGUGACGAAAGCUGCUCGGUUCCCAUUACUUAUAGAUCCUCAAACACAGGGCAAGAUCUGGAUCAAAAACAUGGAGAGACUAAACGAUCUCAUUGUUACCACGUUGAAUCACAAAUAUUUCAGGAAUCACAUUGAGGAUUGUGUAUCACUCGGCAGACCGCUAUUGAUUGAAGACGUUGGAGAGGAGUUGGAUCCGGCACUGGAUAACAUUUUGGAGAAAAAUUACAUUAAAAUUGGUUCAUCGUUCAAAGUAAGAUUGGGAGAUAAAGAAAUUGAUGUGACGGAUGGUCACAAGAUCUAUAUUACCACAAAGCUACCGAAUCCGGCAUACACUCCGGAAGUUUCCGCACGAACCUCAAUAAUUGAUUUCACUGUAACCAUGCAAGGAUUGGAGGACCAGCUGUUAGGUCGUGUGAUAUUAACGGAGAAGGCUGAAUUGGAAUCGGAGCGAACGCAACUGAUAAUGGACGUAACUUCUAAUAGGCGCAAGAUGCAGGAGUUGGAGGCGAAUCUGUUGCACAAAUUGACCACUAUUCAAGGUUCCCUCGUCGAGGAUGUGACCUUGAUUCAAGUGCUCAACGUCACUAAGGCUACUGCUACUGAAGUACGAGAAAAGUUAGAUGUGGCGAAAGAAACUGAAAUAAAAAUUAACACGGCGAGAGAGGAAUUCCGACCCGUGGCGACUCGCGGCUCCGUGUUGUACUUCUUGAUUUGCAACAUGUCUCUCGUGUGCAACAUGUACCAGACCUCGUUGGCGCAGUUCCUCGAACGAUUCGACAUAUCCAUGGAGAGAUCGCCCCCAAGCCCUAUAACUAUAAAGAGGAUUUGGUUCAUUAUUGACUAUUUGACAUUUGACGUCUUCAAAUAUAUCUGCCGAGGUUUUUACGAGAAACACAAAUAUCUCUUCACAUUACUAUUGACACUUAAAAUUGACUUACAAAGGGAGUAUAUUACGUUUGACGAGUUUCAAACAUUUAUUAAAGGUGGCGCAGCUUUGGAUCUAAACGCAUGUCCACCUAAACCAUUUAAAUGGGUAACUGACAUGUCGUGGUUGAAUCUCGUUCAACUUUCCAACUUACGACAGUUCACCAAUAUAUUGAACCAAGUGAAUAAUAAUGAAAAGGGAUGGAAAAAUUGGUUUGAGAAGGAAGCCCCAGAAGACGAGCCGCUGCCGGACGGUUAUCACACACUAGACGUGUUCAGGAAAUUACUAGUGGUUCGUGCUUGGUGUCCGGACAGAACAUUGGCGCAAAGUUUGAAAUAUGUCAUAAGUUCAAUGGGAGCAAGAUUCUCCGAAGCUGUUAUAGUCAACUAUGAACAUAUGGUUCUAGAAUCACGUCCGCUGGUUCCUUUGAUCGGAUUUUUGGCGAUGGGGUCGGAUCCAACGCCUUCUAUAGAAAUGACGGCAAAGCGGUUGGAAUGUAUUUGCCAGAGUGUUUCCAUGGGCCAGGGGCAGGAGGUGCAUGCGAGAAAACUAAUAGAUCGGGGCCUUAGAGAGGGUAUUUGGGUACUGCUGCAAAACUGUCAUUUAGGUUUGGAAUAUAUGGUUGAAAUUAUGGAACAAUUUGCGGAACUGGAAAAGGAACCCGAAAAAGUUCACGAAACUUUUAGACUAUGGAUUACGACGGAAGUGCAUCCAAAGUUCCCUAUAACUUUAUUACAAAUGUCGAUUAAAUAUACUUGCGAACCUCCAUCAGGAGUUAAAGCUGGUCUCAUGAGAACUUACGAUUCUAUGAGUCAAGAUUUCCUAGACUAUAGCGACAGUCCUUUCUACUUACCUUUAAUAUACACGAUAUCGUUCCUCCACACCGUGGUGCAAGAGAGACGAAAGUUUGGCCCGCUCGGGUGGAACAUUCCCUACGAGUUCAACUCAGCGGAUUGGCUCGCCUCUUGCAUGUUUGUGCAGAACCAUCUCGACGCGUUGGAGGUCGGACAAAAUAUUAGUUGGACAACUGUACGUUACAUGGUAUCAGCCGUGCAGUACGGUGGCCGAGUCACCGAUGACUAUGACAACCGUCUCCUCGGCACUUUCUGUAGAGUGUGGCUCACCGACCAGCUGUUCACAGAGAACUUCCAGUUCUAUAAGGGUUACGGCAUCAUGGCCUUCAAAAAUAUACCCGAAUAUCUUGAGGAAAUUGAAAAGAUGAAGACUGUCGAUCCACCUCAAACUUACGGCUUGCAUACAAAUGCUGAUAUCACAUAUCAACGCAAUGUCACUCAAGAACUUUUGGAUACAAUACUAUCUAUUCAACCUAAAGAGUCCAGCUCAGGCGGGGGCGAGACUCGUGAGGCAUCGGUUUACCGACAAGCUAAAGAAAUGCUUGAGAAAGUUCCGCCUAACUUUGACCCUAAUGAAGUAAAAGAAAGACUGAGGUUUUAUGGAAUAUUGAAUUCAAUGGUGAUUUUCCUCCGACAAGAGAUUGAUCGAAUGCAGAAGGUAAUCAUGUUGGUACGAAGUACAUUGAAAGAUCUGUUGCUAGCAAUUGAUGGAACUAUUAUAAUGAAUGAGGCAUUACGAGAUUCUUUGGACAAUAUAUAUGACGCAAAAGUACCACAGAUUUGGCUUAGGAGAUCUUGGUCGUCCUCUACGCUGGGUUUCUGGUUUACAGAGUUCUUAGAAAGGAACAUGCAGUUUUCGACGUGGUGUUUCCAAGCAAGACCAUUUUCUUUUUGGAUGACUGGGUUUUUCAAUCCACAAGGUUUUCUGACGGCCAUGAGACAAGAAGUAACCCGAGCACAUAAAGGCUGGGCAUUGGAUAUGGUUGCUUUGCACAAUGACGUCACCAAAUAUACUUACGAGGAGAUAAAGGCGCCCCCGCCGGAGGGUGUAUAUGUUCACGGUGUGUUCUUGGACGGCGCGGGUUGGGACCGCCGCAACAGCCGCCUCUGCGAGUCCACACUUAAGGUCCUCUAUGCCGCUUUGCCGGUGAUUCAUGUCUACGCCAUAAAUUCUACGGCACCGAAGGAUCCAAAACUCUAUCAGUGUCCUGUGUACAAAAAACCGUGCCGCACAGAUUUAACAUUUAUCACGCCUCUGUGGCUACCAACGAUUAAGAAUCCAGAUCAUUGGAUCCUGAGAGGGGUCGCCAUCUUGUGCGAUAUCAAGUAAACCGACAGUUGUUACCCGGUCAAAGAAAUACACUACGGUCGAACAGCCAAUCGCUCCGCAUCUGUCGCUGUCCUGUGUUUUUUUUGAUACGAUAUCUUUUCGACUCAAGUAGUUUUACUUGUUAAUCUAGU